AUGGCGGCACCUUCGGAACAAAGAAUCUCUGUACCGAUCGAUGAUCCCAACGCGGACACGGAAUGGAAUGAUAUCCUUCGCAAGCAUGGAGUCAUUCCAGAGAAGCCGCCGAGUCCCACACCGAUGAUCGAGGAAGCGAUUCUCGAAGGCAGGCGACUUGCGCACGAGAACAGACUCGAAGGCAAAGAUUUGGACGAACUCGACGAGCUGGAAGACGAAGAGGAUGACGCAUUCCUCGAAGAAUACCGCAAAAAGCGCAUGGCAGAGCUCAACAACUUGCAAAAGAAGGCUAUACAUGGCAGUGUAUACCCCAUAUCGAAACCAGACUACCAGCGCGAAGUCACAGAUGCUUCGGAGAAAGGCCCCGUGUUUGUCAACCUUACGGCGAGCAUGGGCACCAACGUUGAAUCACGUGUGCUCUCCGACCUCUGGAGACAGGCGGCGCAAGAGUACGGCGACAUCAAAUUCUGCGAAAUUCGCGCGAACCAAGCCAUCGAAAACUACCCCGAUCGCAACUGCCCCACCAUUCUGGUGUACAACAAAGGCGACAUCGUAAAGCAGGUUGUUACGCUCAUGACUAUUGGCGGCGUGCGCGCAACGAUGCGCAACAUCGAUGAUAUGCUGGUAGAAGUGGGCGCCGUACCGGAAUCCGACAUGCGCAUCAUAAAGAGGCGACAGGCUGCCCAGGAUGCAGAAGAGGAGCGCCUAGCGGGCGGCAAAACUAUCAAGACUGGAACUGCCGGUCGGUUCAAUGGGGACGAAGACGAUGACGACUGGGACUGA